UUCCGCGAUACUUAAUGGAAUUCGUGCCAAUGGUUCUGACAGCAAAACUGCAAUCAACAGCUGUACUUUUAAGUCCUCGUUGAGUGUCACUCAUUGUUAAUCUGAGUCAGCUGUUUAACUAGAAACCCACCCAUCGAAAUGAAUGGGACAAACAUAUGAGGAAAAAAGCUGAAAUAAAGGUUACUGUGUAAUGCAUUCUUGUUGAAGAUAUGAGUUGAAAAUCUUUCACGGAAAGAACAACACUUGCAAAACUUGCAGAAUACACGAGAACAUUGCACACAAAAUAAUUAAUACAUAAAUAAAUAAAUAAAAAUGCCCUUUCUGUGUGAACAAGUUGUGAAGUAUUCUACCAAUGCCAGUAACAUAUAUAGAUUAACCAGAAGCAUUGCCGCUGGGCAAAAGUUUCUAGAUUCACUUCUUGGUCAGUGUUCCCGAAACAUGGCUACAUCAAAGACUUCUGAUAAAAUGCCAUCUUAUGGCUAUGUUAUAGUGGGAGCUGGAUCAGCAGGAUGCACACUGGCGAAUCGCCUCUCAGAAGAUGCUGGCAAUACUGUACUUCUCCUGGAAGCAGGGCCUAAGGAUACCAUAUUUGGGAGUAAACGCCUGCAGUGGAAGAUUCAUAUGCCAGCUGCACUGACCUAUAAUCUUUGUGAUGAUAAAUACAACUGGUUUUAUUCUACUGUUCCCCAACAACACCUAAAUAACCGAAUAAUGUACUGGCCAAGGGGUCGGGUGUGGGGUGGGUCUUCAUCCCUCAAUGCUAUGGUUUAUAUUCGAGGACACGGUGAAGAUUAUAAUCGAUGGCGUAAAGAGGGUGCAACUGGGUGGGACUAUGACCAUUGUCUGCCUUACUUUAAGAAGGCACAGACUCAUGAGUUAGGACCUGACCAGUACCGAGGAGGAGAGGGCCCUUUAUUUGUGUCACGAGGGAAGACAGGUCAUCCUUUACAUCAGGCUUUUCUGGAAGCAGCGCAGCAAGCUGGAUAUCCAAUCACUGAGGACAUGAACGGGUUUCAGCAAGAAGGAUUUGGAUGGAUGGAUAUGACAAUUUUCAGAGGCCAGCGAUGGAGCACAGCCGCUGCUUAUCUUCACCCAGCCUUAUCACGCAAAAACUUGUCUGCAGAGCAUAAGACACUGGCGACAAAAAUUUUGUUUGAUGGAAAAAAAGCUGUAGGAGUUGAAUAUGUUAAAGAUGGAAAAGUUAAAAAAGUGUAUGCAGAUAAGGAAGUCAUUUUAAGUGGAGGCGCAAUAAACUCUCCCCAACUUCUUAUGCUGUCAGGAAUUGGAAAUGCUGACGACCUCAGGAAACUUGGAAUCCCUGUUGUGCAUCACCUUCCUGGCGUUGGGCAAAAUCUACAAGACCAUCUUGAAGUGUAUGUGCAGCAGCAAUGCACUGAGCCAAUUACUUUGUUCCAAGCACAGCGACCAGUUCAGAUGAUCAAAAUAGGAUUAGAGUGGCUUUGGAAAUUUACAGGCUAUGGUGCUACUGCUCACUUAGAGUCAGGUGGCUUUAUCCGAAGUCGUCCAGGAGUUCCUCAUCCAGAUAUCCAGUUCCAUUUCCUGCCCUCCCAGGUGAUAGACCAUGGCCGUGUGCCUCCAAAGGUGGAAGCUUAUCAGGUGCACGUAGGACCCAUCAGAAGCACAAGUGUGGGAACACUGAAGCUCAAGAGUGCAGAUCCAAGAGACCACCCAAUUAUCGACCCUAACUAUAUGGCAACAGAAGCUGACAUUUUAGAAUGUCGUUUGUGCGUAAAACUAUCACGAGAGAUUUUUACACAGAAAGCAUUUGACCAAUUCCGUGGCCCUGAGUUGCAACCUGGAAGCAGCAUUCAGUCAGACAAGGAUAUUGAUGCAUUUAUAAGACAGAAGGUAGACAGCGCGUAUCAUCCUUCCUGCACUUGUAAAAUGGGGCGUACCUCUGACCCAAUGGCUGUGGUCGACCCUGAAACGAGAGUGAUUGGAAUAGAAAAUCUGCGAGUUGUGGAUGCAUCUAUCAUGCCAAGUGUGGUCAGUGGAAAUCUCAAUGCCCCUACCAUCAUGAUAGCAGAAAAAGCAGCAGAUAUAAUCAGAGGUUUUCCCUCUCUUUAUGAAAAAAAUGUACCUGUUUAUAAGCCACAAACUCUGGAAACUCAAAGAUGAUCAGAAUAUUAGCUGGCAAUUCAAAUGUGUUAACACCACUAGUAAUGUUUCCAGAAUCAAAUCAACAUGUAGAUCAAAGAGUAAUAGGGUAUUUUGUUAUCAUUUCAGUAAUUUUCCAGUCAUUAAUUAUAUAGGAUGUAUGUGUUGUCCCUUCCUUUACCAGGUAUAAAGUGAUCACCCAAGUAUAA